AUGUAUACAGUCGAUGUCUGUGCCCUCGGUGGUUGAGGGAGGACAUCUUUCACUCAUCCGAGCAUUCAGAGCAGCAUUGCCGUGGUGUGGUGGCCCUGGUGUUGUGGCCCAGUGGGUGCUGUGUGAGUGUUCGCUCGCUCUGUGGUCGCUGCACGUGGUCAAGAAACUAGUGUUGG